CAACCACCACACUCACACGGUGGCUGGGUAUGCACAGGGUGGGGCCGCAGCCGGGAACUGAUCCCAGUUCAAUGUCAGACUGGAGAGAAAUAAUCCAAGAUGGACAGAGAGUCAAAUCUGAACCGAGCUGAGACGUUCUCCUUCGUCAACCCCUGGAUCAGAUACUUUCUCUUCUUCUUCAGCUUCUUGUUUUGGGUUUUUUCGUUGCUGAUUGCUGGAAUCGGGGUUUAUGCUAAAGUCCAGAAAGCUACAGACACGGUGCGGGACACGUUCCUGAUCGACCCAGCUGUCAUCCUAAUUGUGGUGGGGGUGGUGAUGUUCUUCAUCACUUUCUGCGGCUGCAUCGGAGCCCUCAGAGAGAACAUUCGCCUCCUCAAGACAUUUUCCUUUACCCUGACGCUGGUCUUCCUCAUCCAGCUGGUCGUAGCAGUUCUGGGCUUUUUCUACUCUGACCAGACACAAGACGCUUUGGGCAAGUUUGUGAAGAAAGCGAUUGUGCACUACAGGGAUGACCUGGAUCUGCAGAAUCUGAUGGAUUACGUCCAGAAGGAGUUCAAGUGUUGUGGAUGGAACAACUACACAGACUGGUCGUGGAACCUUUACUUCAACUGCACACGUGAGAAUCCCAGCUCGGAGCGCUGCGCUGUGCCUUAUUCCUGCUGCACUCCGGUUCCUGGAGAGACGGUGAUCAACACCAUGUGCGGCUUUGGAGUCCAAACCCAAACGUUCCUGGAUGCAAACAAGUCGAUCUACCCAGUAGGCUGUGCAGACAGGGCGGUGAUGUGGAUGGAGACUCACCUGCUGCUGGUAGGAGCGCUCAGCCUGGGUCUGGCCUUACCUCAGAUUGCAGGCAUCGUGCUGUCCCAGAUCCUGAUCUCUCAGAUCCAAAACGAGAUUGCUCCGCCGUUUUGAGGCCAGAUGCAGGAGGAGGAAGCGCUUCCGGUUGCUAACUCGUCUGGGUGCAAACAUCAAGAUUAAAUAUCCUUUCUCUGACAUGCAGUAGCUUUUGCAAUACUAACUUAAUGCACUUUACUGUGACACAGAAAAAGGCACAUGCAUGGUGCAAAUUAUGUAUUUAUUGGUUGAUUUUUCUUUUUACCAACAGUAAGCUGUAUAUUGAAAUGUGAUACAUUUGCUAAUAAAGGUGCAUAAUAUUCUC